UGUGCGCGUGUGAGUGUGUGCACGCUCCACGCCGGGGCUUUGCGCGAGCCGCGCGCAUCAGCGGUAGGAGGGGACAGAGCCGCUCCUGCGGGCGCACCGGCAGCCCCGGCUCCGCAGGUGCCGCCCGACCGGCACCGGCACCGGCACCGGCACCGGCACCGGCACCGACACCGGCUCGGAGCGGAACGGAACGGAACGGCACGGCACGGCACGGCACGGCUGGGCUCGGCGCGGAGCGGCUGCCGCGGGACGGGCCGGCGCGGCCGCACUAAGAUGUGCCAUGAGCGGUCCGGCCUCGGCGCCGACCGGCCGCUCCUCCGCCUGAGCCCCGGGCAGCAGCCGCCCGCUCCCCCGCUGCCCCUGGGGCCGUAGGGCCGCGCCGGCCCGCGCCCUCCCCAACGAUGCCCCAUCUCUGGCCGGCUCUCCGCGGCGUGCUCUGGGAAUACUGGGCAGCGCUCCUGGUCGGCGGCUUCUGGGGCCAGUGCUCGCACGGGAUGCCGCAUGUCAUCCGGAUAGGAGGAAUCUUUGAGUAUGCAGAUGGCCCCAAUACCCAGGUUAUGAGUGCUGAGGAGCAAGCCUUCAGAUUUUCUGCCAAUAUUAUUAAUAGAAACAGAACUUUGUUGCCUAACACAACACUAACCUACGACAUUCAGAGGAUACACUUCCACGACAGCUUUGAAGCAACUAAGAAAGCCUGUGACCAGCUCGCUCUGGGGGUCGUAGCAAUAUUCGGACCUUCCCAAGGCUCCUGUACCAAUGCCGUCCAGUCUAUUUGCAAUGCCCUGGAAGUCCCCCACAUACAGCUUCGAUGGAAGCAUCACCCUUUGGAUAACAAGGACACUUUCUAUGUCAACCUGUAUCCUGACUAUGCUUCCCUUAGCCAUGCCAUUCUGGACCUUGUGCAGUAUUUGAAAUGGAGGUCAGCCACUGUGGUUUACGAUGACAGUACAGGCCUUAUACGGCUGCAAGAGCUCAUCAUGGCCCCAUCAAGGUACAAUAUCCGGCUGAAAAUCCGCCAGCUCCCGCUGGACACCGACGAUGCCCGGCCGCUGCUGAAGGAGAUGAAGCGGGGCAGGGAAUUCCGCAUCAUCUUUGACUGCAGCCACCUGAUGGCAGCUCAGAUCCUCAAGCAGGCCAUGGCAAUGGGAAUGAUGACAGAAUACUACCACUUCAUCUUCACUACUCUGGAUCUUUAUGCAUUAGACCUAGAACCAUACCGCUACUCUGGAGUGAACCUGACCGGUUUCCGGAUCCUCAACGUGGAGAACCCGCACGUGUCCUCCAUCAUUGAGAAGUGGUCCAUGGAGCGGCUGCAGUCCACGCCCAAGGCAGAGCUGGGACUGCUCGAUGGCGUGAUGAUGACAGACGCUGCCCUGUUGUACGAUGCGGUGCACGUGGUCUCCGUCUGCUACCAGCGCGCCCCUCAGAUGACCGUGAACUCCCUGCAGUGCCAUCGGCAUAAAGCCUGGAGGUUUGGUGGCCGCUUCAUGAAUUUUAUAAAAGAGGCCCAGUGGGAAGGAUUAACAGGACGAAUUGUCUUUAAUAAAACUAGCGGUUUACGGACAGAUUUUGAUCUGGAUAUCAUCAGCCUCAAAGAAGAUGGUCUCGAAAAGGUUGGAGCAUGGAGCCCUUCUGAUGGUUUGAACAUCACAGAAAUUUCCAAAGGACGAGGGCCUAAUGUCACAGACUCGCUGAGCAACAGAUCUCUAAUUGUCACCACUGUCCUGGAAGAGCCCUUUGUCAUGUUCCGUAAGUCCGACACCGCCCUGUUCGGGAACGACCGCUUUGAGGGUUACUGCAUCGACCUCCUAAAGGAGCUGGCCAUCAUCCUGGGCUUCACCUAUGAGAUCCGGCUGGUGGAGGAUGGGAAAUAUGGGGCGCAGGAUGAGAAGGGGCAGUGGAACGGCAUGAUCAAGGAGCUCAUCGACCACAAAGCUGACCUGGCCGUCGCUCCUCUCACCAUCACCCACGUUCGGGAGAAAGCGAUAGACUUCUCCAAGCCCUUCAUGACCCUGGGGGUCAGCAUCUUGUACCGGAAGCCCAACGGGACCAACCCCAGCGUGUUCUCCUUCCUCAACCCCCUGUCUCCUGACAUUUGGAUGUACAUCCUCCUCGCCUACCUGGGGGUCAGCUGCGUGCUGUUUGUCAUAGCCAGGUUCAGCCCAUACGAGUGGUACGAUGCUCAUCCCUGCAACCCAGGAUCGGACAUCGUGGAGAAUAACUUCACCCUAUUGAACAGCUUCUGGUUUGGGAUGGGAGCACUGAUGCAGCAAGGUUCUGAGCUGAUGCCCAAAGCACUGUCUACACGGAUCAUUGGUGGCAUAUGGUGGUUCUUCACCCUAAUUAUCAUCUCGUCCUACACGGCCAACCUUGCCGCCUUCCUGACGGUGGAGAGGAUGGAAUCCCCCAUCGACUCAGCAGAUGACUUGGCAAAGCAGACAAAAAUAGAGUAUGGAGCAGUGAAGGAUGGAGCUACUAUGACCUUCUUCAAGAAAUCCAAAAUUUCCACAUUUGAAAAAAUGUGGGCUUUCAUGAGCAGCAAACCCACAGCACUUGUUAAAAACAACGAGGAAGGAAUACAGCGAACCCUCACAGCUGAUUACGCCCUGCUGAUGGAGUCAACCACCAUCGAAUACAUCACCCAGAGGAACUGCAACCUGACUCAGAUCGGGGGGCUCAUUGAUUCCAAAGGCUACGGGAUUGGGACUCCCAUGGGGUCACCGUACAGGGACAAGAUCACCAUUGCCAUCCUCCAGCUCCAGGAGGAGGACAAGCUCCACGUAAUGAAGGAGAAGUGGUGGCGGGGGAAUGGCUGCCCUGAGGAUGAGAACAAGGAGGCCAGUGCUCUGGGCAUUCAAAACAUCGGGGGGAUUUUCAUCGUUUUGGCAGCAGGCUUGGUGCUGUCCGUCUUCGUGGCUAUGGUGGAGUUCAUCUACAAGCUGCGCAAAACGGCAGAGCGUGAGCAGCGCUCCUUCUGCAGCGCCAUGGCAGAUGAGAUCCGGCUGUCGCUCACCUGCCAGCGACGGGUCAAACACAAGCCCCAGCCACCCGUCAUGGUGAAGACGGACGCCGUGAUCAACAUGCACACGUUCAACGACCGACGGCUGCCAGGGAAGGACAACAUGACCUGCAACACUGGAUUGACACCUGUGUUUCCCUAGGGAAUGGGAAUGGGGGGGGCGGGAGGGAAGGAAUUGCGGCAGACAAGGCUGGAUGCACUCUUAACUAGGGAAGAAAGGAUUAAAAAACAAGAAAAAAAAAGAGGAAAAAAAAAAAAGCCUGGUUUGGUUCAUUUCAAGAACAAGGCCUUUACAACACAGCUGCAUCGAUCACCGGCGUAGAAGAACUUCAAAGCACGGACUGUAACAUGGGUCUUGGGGCUUUUCUGUUUUGUUUUUGUUAUUUUUCGUUGCUUUUUUUUUAAAUGCUUAGUUCCUACAGGCCUCAUGGAGUCCAAACACACUACCAUCCAGGAGUCUGAUGUUUACAUACUGAAAACACACGGAGGCGAAACAGAAUUGAGCCAAACUGACCCUUGGCGGCUAAGGAGGAGCCCCCGAGCAAGGCUUCUUUAGCAUGGCAAUAAAAAGAAACACUGUCAGGGGCAGCGUGAGCAGCCAUCUGUGCAAGCAUCUAUUCCACACUGACAUACACAGCACAUUUAGGAUACGUUGUCCGGGAAAGGGAAAGGUAUCUGUGAAGCACCGUCACGAUCAAGGCUGCGCCUUCUCUCGAAGCAGCUCACGGUGGCCCUUUACCUCACGGCUGUGCUGGCCGUGGCCAUCCGCAGCUGGAAGUCCACGUGGGGGUGUGGUGGGAGAAGGCAACACACACAUUCAUCAGUAGACCCAAGACAGCUGAUGACAAAGGGGCAAGUAAGCCUGAAUGGAGCCGAACUCCUGGCCAGGGAUGGGACAGCGCGGCGUGCACAGGAGCUACUGCCAUCUCCGAGUGACCACCCACAUGCCCUGUGCCAAACUCCAGCCCGGCCCAGGGUGACACCGUGAUCUCCAGGUUCUCAGCUCCUUCACUCUUUCUGCAAAGCUCAGUCUCUCCUGCAAAGAAGCACGGAAAGCAGCUGAGUCCACAGGCUUCAGCAGCGGCAGGAGCAGAGCUGUUUCCAAGAGCCGAACAAUACCAAUUUCCAUGAAAUUCAGCAGCACUGAACUGCAGCUCUGCUGCGUUCGCACUCAGACCAGGAGAGGACUGUAUGUCUGGUUUAGGACUAAACAGUCUCCAUUGUGUCAGAGACCUGAAAGAUGAAGUCUCAGCCUGCGGGGCCAGGGCUGGCCUGGGACAAGCAGCACUGUGCGAGCCAAACCUGACACCCCUCUCGCUCUGCCUGGUGAAGCGCAGCCCCUCAGGCAGCAUCUCCAUGUGAUUUAAGCAAACACACACUAAAAUGAUUUUAAGAAAUCUUCCAUGAACUGUGUUCUUAUUUUCAGGUUGCUUAACCCAGAAGGCUGGUCCUGCAGAUGAAUUUAGUCAGAAUUACCAAAGAUCCCUCUGCUGACCUAAAGUAACACUCAAGUAACAUCACUGAGCUCCAUCCCUCCACAGGGAACCACAUGGGUGGCCAGUGAGACACUCUGCGGAUUAAUUUGCAAAAUGAAACAAAUAGAAAUGGCUCUGACCAUUGUAACCCAGAACAUCACACAGAGUAUUGCAAAGGUGCUUAAAAGCUCUGAUUUAAACACUGGUGUUGAAGAAAAAGCAACCUCCUUCCCUUGCACACGUUAGGGCUGACAGUGACCUGCCGCAGACCAUGCUGCUGCUGGAAACCCUUUCUGCACCCACCACCUAAAUCCUGGUUUGGAGGGCAGGCAGGGUAGUACAGCACAGUGAUGGAGCAGCCAGUGCCCGAGCUCUGCAUCCCAAAACUUUGCCUUCUGUGUCGUGAGCGUAGCGAGGUGCCAUGGCCACCGCAGGAACCAGCAGCUGAACUGACCCAGUUUGCCCUCCCCUAGCUGCAAGGCCUUUCUGGAAAGUUUAUCCUCGCCCAAAGGAACAAACCUGUUUGUAGCUGAUUUCAGAUUUUUUUUCCCACCUGUUUCUUUCUGACGCUCAGUUAGGAAGGUUAUCUUUGGAGCUUAUCAGUAUUAGCAAAUUAGCUCAAGGGGAGAUAGCUGUUCCCCCCCAACACAGAACACAAUUUGUCCUUAUUUUGUUUUUUCCAUGAUGUAAAGAAGCAACAGAGUGACUCAAAACAAAAAAAGGUAAUUUUAACUCAAGUAAAGAUAUGCAAAGAAUUCAUGUUAAUUUUCACAGAAACCAUGAAAAAUUAGGGUUGAAAGCUGCCAGCUCAAUAGGCAUCAUAUUCUUAAUAGUUUGCUGACCAAAUACCUACAGCAGAAGAUAGAUUGGAAGUAUGGGUCUGCUUCCCAAACCUAAUGACAUUCUUUCUGUAUUUCUUUGCAAAUCCUUAGGCUUGUCAGAAUAGUAGAUUUUAUGUUUUCUUUGCAGAUUUCUAAGCUCUUAGAGAUUUUUACAAUUAAGGCAGAGAUCAAAACACAGCCUGAAAAUGGCUUUAAAUGUCCAGAGAGUAAAACACCACAGAAAAUAGCAUUAAUUUUGCUUCUUGGCAGAUUUUUUUAAAAUAAAUAAAUAUUACUAAUACCAUAAACACCAUUUAUUCAUCUUUGACACCAGUUUGAUUUGAUUUUACUCACAAACGUCCCAGAGUGACAGGUGAGCAUCUGGAACUACUGGUGCUAUCCGCCAGCAAGACCAAACCCUGCAGAUUAACCUUUUCCCUUCCCUCUCUGCACUGACCGUGAAAUAGUAUCUACCUUAUGGUUUUACGGUUAAAUCUUGAUCAUUAAAACAUUUGACAUUUAACAACAAGGAAAUGUUCUGCACCGCUCAAAACAACGUAGGAGCUGGGCAGCUGCCUGGGACCCCGGCCCGGCGGGGACCGCUGACUCCCCCCUUCCCCGCUGGCUCCUGCUCACUGUGAACUGAGGGAGGUGAGAUGGUUUCAGACCUCAGCCUUCCUGCUGUAAACCAAGGGCAGCUCCACCCCGAAGGAGCGUUAUUUCAGCCUGCUGCUAUACUGCUUAGCAGACACUGGAGUCUCUCCUGUCAUUCCCAUUUACCCUGUGUGCUCCUUGCCUUCAACCUGGGGAGCGCAGGAGCCUGUAAAGCCAUGCGGUGUUUAAUCGCAGAGGAGAAGCAACGAGCCUGACGCUUAGCAGUGAUGUGUUCAGAGACUUCAGAAGGGACAGACCUGAUGACAAAGCCUCAAAGCCUUCUGUGAGGUAUUCUGUGACCUGUUUGUGACUGUCAGCGACUCGUGUCUUAGAAAUCAUCCGACUUCCAACUUUGUUUAAAUCAGUUCCUUUCUGCACUUGGUAGGCAGAGGGGCUGAAAAAGUGAGGAGGAAAUAAAGAAAAAACAGGUUUGGGCUAUUAAACUGUACCUAAACUGUUGUCACCUCAGCUCACUGUCCCUUUAUCACUUGCUUUUUCCUUCCAGCUCUCCUGUGAAACAGAGCAGGGGCACAGCGGGUAGCUUUGUUUGGGGUUGCUUUUCUGUUUGGAGUUACCCAGCAGUGUGUGUUGGGUAUGAUGUCAAGACAACAGACUCGCAAAGAGACGGAAUAUGCAAAGGGGAACCAGCUCCAGCUCUGGGCAACCACUGCUCCCAUCUCGGUGGGUGCUCCUGCGGAGCACGAUUGGGCCGGGUGCCAGCACGGGUGGUCUUUGGGAAGGUUGCCGCAAAGGGACCCCGUAGAUCCUGGCAGCUGGUGGCAGCGGUGGCAGCACUGGCAGCUGUCACCCAGUGCUCACUAACCCGAGCCACGUGCGGCCAGACUGCGUGGAGACCCCGAGCCCCAACACCCAGCGACUGUGGGGUGCGACAGCACGUCCUUGCGUGGGUAUCACCAGGGUUGUGUGGGGCUGGCCGGGCAGGAGCAUUCCUGGGCAUCAGCCUCACAAGCCCUCUGCUGUCUGUACCUUACUUUGACAUGUUUCUCAAAAAAAGACAAAAAAAAAGAAAAAGGAAAAAAAAAAACAGAAAAGAGUGGAAAAAAGGAAAAAAAUGGUCUCCGUGACAUUCAGGGGAUUUUCCUUUGUGGACAUGCAGAAUUUCUAUGAAUAUAGUUUUUUGUAAACAUUUUGUAACAAUUUUGGUUUCAUAGUAACUGUGUUACUUGCUGAUCAUUCUAGGCUGAUGUAAAUAAAAUUUCCAAAAAAAAAAAAAAAGAAAAAAUUCUGAUUAUUUUCCUUUUUAAGACACUGUGAUAUAUCAAAGUGCACAGUUUGCUGUAUGAAGUAAUAUGGUUUUAAAUUUUAAAUAAAAAAUAAUUUCUAGAAAA